CGAGGUCAUGCCAGCUGUUUGAGUGCUACAGUUCAGUUCGUUUCGUCGUAAGUUACCCCAUUCGCUUCAAACUGGAAUCUCAAUUGAACAAUGGCAGGAGAAAGCAAAAACCUAGCUGCCCUUCUUCGUAAAAAGGGGGACCUUGAAGUGGUAGAAGUGGAAAAACCUUCACCUGGUGAAAAUGAGGUUCUACUUGCUAUUGACUCAGUGGGGAUUUGCGGUUCAGAUGUUCACUACUGGACUCAUGGAGAAAUUGGAGAUUUUAUCGUGAAAGCACCAAUGAUAUUGGGACAUGAAUCAAGUGGAGUAGUGGCAGCCCUUGGUAAAGGGGUCAGUACUCUUAAAGUUGGUGACAGAGUGGCCAUUGAACCAGGUGUACCAUGUAGACAAUGUGAUUACUGCAAAGGAGGAAGAUACAACCUAUGUCUUGAUAUGGUGUUUUGUGCCACACCCCCAGUGCAUGGGUCUCUGGCAAACUAUUAUUGCCAUGCAGCAGAUUUUUGUUACAAACUUCCUGAUCAUGUGAGUUUCGAGGAAGGUGCUCUUUUAGAGCCGCUGUCUGUUGGUGUUCAUGCAUGCAGACGUGCUGGGGUCACCCUGGGGAGUAAAGUACUUGUGUGUGGCGCUGGUCCUAUUGGUCUGGUGAAUCUACUGACAGCGAAAGCCAUGGGUGCAGCUAAAGUCAUUAUCACAGAUAUAGACCAGGGCAGACUGGAUGUAGCCAAGCAGAUAGGAGCUGAUUUUACAGUGUUAGCAGACAGCAAAGAUGGACGUGAAAUGGCAAAGAAAAUAGAAAGUACACUAGGUUGUAUGCCAGAUAUCUCAAUUGAAUGUAGUGGUGCACCAUCUAGUAUUCAGACUGGGAUUUAUGCAACAAGAUCUGGUGGAGUUUUGGUUCUUGUUGGAUUAGGACCAUCAGAUGUGACUUUACCAAUAGUGAAUGCAGCUGUGCGAGAGGUCGAUAUCAGAGGAAUCUUUAGAUAUGCAAAUUGCUAUCCAACUGCAUUAGCAAUGAUUGCAUCUGGUAAGGUGGAUGUCAAACCUCUGGUAACUCAUCGGUUCACACUGGCUAAAUCAUUAGAUGCAUUUGAGACAGCCAGAACUGGUGCAGGGGGAGCCAUCAAAGUCAUGAUCAAGGUGGCAAAUAAAUAACGCUGCAGGAAAUUCAUUAAAACAAAAUGACUGUAGUUUGAGGACACUAUGUAAAUUUGUUGAUAGGAUUUUCAAUCUCCAAUAUAGUCAAUUGAGUAAUUGUAAAACUUAUUUUUUGAGCAUUUUUACUCAGGUUUUGGCUUGCCAAAGUUUCCUCUGAGCUUGUUCUCUUUGACCCAUCAAUGCUAAAUGGGUCACAGCUGGUGAAUACAGAAUAAAUUUAUCUUGGAUAGUAUAAUCGCUUGUACAAAUCAACACUUCGGAUUCGUACAUAUUUUAUGAAUUAACAGAAAUAAGACAAUGUGUCAACACUUAGCAAGGUAAUACAAUAAAAUAUCACUGUCAAACUUAAUAGUUAUUAUCAUCUCGACAGUUUUGUCACACAUUUUCUGAGUUUACAAUUAAACUUGUACAUUCUAUAUGUAAUGUUACAUAUACAGUAGUGUGAUAUUUAAUGCUGGUUUAAUCUCCUGACAUAUGUGGUGCUGAUAUCAUCAGUGCACUGAAAUAUAGACACUGGGUUCAAUGUAUAAGGGCAUUAUAUUGAAUUCUGAUGCUGCAGAACUUAUCACAAUGUCAACAUAGUAAUAUAUGGUCACUACAACAACAGAAAAGGCUGCAACUUUAGACGAUUUUGAAUGUCUGUUUGAUAAAUUAAUACUAAAUGCAGUAUUUUGAAUCCAAUCAUGGUACCGAAUUAUGUACUUUUGUAUUGUUUAUGUUCUUUUGACUCUAUUUACAAGAAUUCUUAGACUUUCCUAAAUUGGAAUGGAGUUUAGCUUUGAAACAUCCAUCACAACUUUAAAUCCAAUUUCUGGAUUUAUUUUUAAUUCCUUGAUUUUUGACUUAGAGAAUAGAGAUAUAUAAUGAUGUACUUGUGACUAAAGGAAUCAAAGGUUGCUACGGAGUUGACGUUAAUUGAGUGUUUUUCAGAAUUGCUCUAGGAUCAAAAGCUAGAUGUUUACAAAUUUAAGAUUGUAUUACUGUAAACUGAGGAACAUUUUUAGGGGAAUAUGUUGGUGUAAUAUCGAACACACUGUAUUCAUUCAGAGAUAUAUUUAAUCCUGUAAUAAUAUUCUUAAUGCCCAUGUACAAAUGAAAUAAAGUACCGGUAGUCAAAAAUA